AUGGCAGACGACCAACAAAGGAACCAGUUACUUUCGCGAAGAGAUACGCUGCUCACUUCUCUGGGUCGGGCAGAGGUUUUUGCCGAAGAGUACGUUGCUGCGAGGGACGAAUCGCAGGUACCUUUGAGGCUGGAGUACAUCACCAGCGUUUGGAACAAUUUGGAGUCAGUUCAAGCGCAACUGGAGGACAACGAAACAGAUCAAGAGGGUAAGGCGGAGCAUGCUGCUGUGCGCGCUAAUUUUGAGCCACGGCUUUUUCAAAUAAAGGCAUCUUUACUUUCUAUGCUGACUCCUCUUCCUAACGAUCGUAGCCCUCAACCCCCGCGUGUUUCCUCCACUCUCUCCGGCAUCAAACUGCCAACAAUUUCGUUGCCUGAAUUCGAUGGCGACUACAUGCAAUGGCUUCCGUUUCACGAUACCUUUUUGGCGUUGAUUCAUUCCAACUCUGAUGUUCCGGAUAUUCAGAAGUUUCACUAUUUAAAGGCAGCUGUCAAGGGGGAAGCUGCUCAGUUGAUAGAAUCGAUUGGCAUUAGCUCCGCAAAUUAUUUAUUGGCUUGGCAAACGUUGGAAAGCAGGUAUUCCAACGAUUAUUUACUGAAAAAGCGUCACCUACAGGCACUAUUCGAUGUUCCGAAGAUGAAGAACGAGUCCGCUGCGGCACUUCACGGGUUGGUGGACGAAUUUGAACGCCAUACCAAAACUCUUCGACAACUGGGAGAACCAACCGAGCACUGGAGCACGAUUUUGGAGCAUCUUCUUUGUACCCGCUUGCACGACGAUACAGUGAAGGCAUGGGAGGAUCAUGCGUCGACCGUCAGCAAUCCGGAUUACAAUUGUCUCAUCGAUUUUCUUCAGCGCAGAACACGAGUUUUGGAAUCCAUCUCAGUGAAUCAUCGAACACCCGAUACGCAGUCUACUGCCGCUUUAUCAGCUCAGCCGUCGAAGAGAUCGUUUCAUUCCCAGAUCCGUCUUUCGUCUUGUGCCUCUACAGCUAAUUCAGCAGUGACGGAUUCUCUUGAGAAGUGCAUCCUAUGCAACCAGUAUCAUUUGUUGAUGCGAUGUCCGCGCUUCAACCGACUUUCAUUGAGCGAACGCCAGCAGUUAGUUAAUUCCAAACGUUUGUGUCGCAAUUGUAUGAAGUGUGAUCAUAUUGUCCGUCAUUGCCAGUCGAGCUUUAAUUGUCGAAAGUGUAAUCGUCGUCAUCACACACUUCUGCACCCUGAGCAUCCCAACGGAUCAAGCCAAGUCAGUCAUGAAAGUGAGCCUACCGUUCCAGCUAGUCCAGUUUUCAAUUUUUCGCAGUCUAAUGGAUCUUCUACAGCUGAAUCUUUUAAGCAAUCCACUGUUACCGCCACCGAGAGUCCCAGAGUUGAAGUCAGUAGUGCAGUUCAUCAACCACGUGAAAGCGUUUUUCUUCUCACAGUGAUCGUGAAGGUUAUCGACGUCUUUGGUGUAGAGCAUCUUGAACGGGCACUUCUUGAUAGUGCAUCUCAACCGAACCUUAUAACCGAUCGUAUGGCACGAAUUUUACGUCUUCAAAGGCAAAAGGUGAAUGUAACUGUUCAGGGUGCCGGCAAACUUUCCAAGCCUGUGUGUGAAUCCGUCUUCGCUCAAGUUCAGUCUAGAAAAGGAGAUUUCUCAUGCAAUGUAAACUUUCUGGUAAUGGAUAAAGUUACGGCGAACCUUCCAUCACAAAAUAUUUCGAUUGCAGAGUGGUGUAUUCCGAAGGAUUUGUUUCUCGCAGAUCCAUCCUUCAAUGAGAGUCAACCAAUUGACAUGGUUUUAGGUGCAAAGCAUUUUUAUUCGUUCUUCCCGAGUGCUGCUCGUCUGCAGCUAGACAAAAAUCUCCCUCUGCUCAUUGAUAGCGUUUUCGGUUGGAUAAUAGUCGGAUCAGCAAGCCAAGUUUCUCCUACACAAACCCCCGUGUCAACAGCAAACGGCAUGGUCAUUUCGAUGUUAUCGUUAGAAGACAGUUUGGAGCGUUUCUGGAAAACUGAAGAGCUGACAACGAAAGACAACUACUCUAGCGAGGAAAGACACUGUGAAUCCUGUUACCAGUCAACUGUUUCUCGAAAUUCCGAAGGACGCUAUAUCGUUCGAUAUCCCAGAAAGCCAGACUUCAACGUGAUGCUGGGUGAGUCGAAGAGCUCUGCGCUACGACGGUUCGAAUUACUUGAAAGACGUUUGAAACGAAAUUCAAAUCUCAAAGAUGAAUACCACCAGUUUAUGCGAGAAUAUCUCUCCCUCGGCCAUAUGCGAUUGGUUGAAGCGGACGACGAAAACAAUUCCCAAACUUACUACCUGCCGCACCACCCCGUUUUCAAGGAAGCAAGUACCACAACCAAAAUUCGAGUCGUGUUUGACGGAUCAGCGAAAACUUCUUCCGGCUUCUCUUUGAACGAAGCUCUCUGUGUCGGUCCCGUGGUGCAGGACGAUCUAUUGACCAUCAUUUUGCGCUUCCGAACCUAUCCGAUUGCGCUCGUCGGUGAUAUCGCUAAAAUGUACCGGCAAGUACUUAUUCACCCAGACGAUUCUGCUCUUCAACGUAUCCUUUGGCGUUUUUCUGAUCAAACACCAGUCCAGACAUAUGAACUACUCACUGUUACGUAUGGUCUCGGUCCGUCUUCAUACCUAGCAACUCGUACACUUCAGCAACUGACCGAAGACGAAGGGAUUUCUUACGCGUUGGCAGGAGCUGCUAUUAAAAAAUGUUUUUACGUAGACGACUUCAUAGGUGGAGCUCAAACCAUCGAAGAAACAAUCCGUCUACGCACCGAACUGAGCGACUUGUUGCACAAAGGAGGAUUUACACUACGAAAAUGGACUUCUAAUCAGCUCGAAGUUUUGCAAGGUCUUCCCAAUGAUGAGAUUGGUACUCAAUCUGCUUUACAUUUCAGCCCUAACGAGACAAUUAAAGCCCUUGGUAUUAGCUGGGAGCCUGAAGCCGAUCACCUUCGUUUCGACUCUCAAAUUCGAUGUAGUAAUGAACCGCCAACCAAGCGCACUAUUCUUUCGGAUAUAGCAAAACUAUUUGACCCUUUAGGACUAAUUGCCCCCGUUGUAGUUAGAGCAAAGAUACUGAUGCAAGAGUUGUGGCUGCUAUCGUGCGGAUGGGACGAUCCUGUUCCAGAACCUAUUAAAACCAAAUGGGAGAAGUAUUACCACGAAUUGGCGAAUAUCUCCGAGCAUCGAGUAGACAGAUACGCGUUUCUACCUGACUCUGUUGUACAACUGCACACAUUCGCAGAUGCAUCCAUAUCUGCAUACGGUGCCUGCACAUACGUCCGCUGUGAAAGUAAAGGGAAAGUAAAAAUACGACUACUGGCUUCGAAGACACGCGUCGCUCCGCUGAAACGAAUAAGUAUUCCUCGUUUGGAGUUGUGUGCGGCAGUACUAGCAGCCCAUCUACAUGCUCACAUAAAGAAAGCUAUCGAUGUAAACGUUUCAGAAUCAUAUUUUUGGUCUGACUCAUCUGUCACUCUGCACUGGCUACGAUCACCACCGAAUGUUUGGCCUACCUAUGUGGCUAACAGAGUAUCUGAAAUUCAGCAGUUUACACAUGGUUGUCAAUGGAAGCAUGUUCCCGGAUGUGAAAAUCCUGCUGACCUGGCUUCACGUGGCAUGUCGGUUGACGAGUUUUUGAAAAACGAUAUUUGGAUCAGCGGUCCCAGUUGGUUAUCACGUCCACUCCAAGAUUGGCCAGAAUCAAUCCCACCAAGUGUUUCACACGAGGAAUUGGAAAUCAAAACUACCGUCGCAGUUACUCAAAUAACGCCAACAGUACAUCCCUGGUUUCUCCGUUGGUCGUCAUACGGCCGUCUUCUUCAUGUCAUUGGGUACUGCAUGAGAUUCGUUAACAAUACCCGAGCUAAAAUACGCACGCAGCCGCCCACCUCGCCCGAAGUUAUUGUAGGCCGUACACUUACCGUAAAUGAGCUUGCCAAGUCCAAAACGUUCCUCAUUCGGUUGGCGCAGAAUGAUGAAUUUGUCGCAGAAAUCAACCAGUUGGAUAAAAAUAAAUCGGUAUCGAAAUGUUCCCAUAUUCGCCAAAUGACGCCGUUCUUAGAUGCAGAGAGAGUGUUGAGAGUAGGAGGUCGUUUAAACUUCGCACAGCUACCCUAUCAAGCAAAGCACCCGGCUUUGAUUCCAACAAACCAUCCGUUCACACGACUGAUAGUUGAGGAUUUCCAUCGCAAAUUACUACACGGCGGCGGACGUCUGCUAUUAACAGCAAUCCGAGAAGAAUUCUGGCCACUCAACGGUCGAAGACUAGUCCGCAACGUAGUCAGAAAUUGUUUCCGUUGUACUCGCCUCAAUCCGGUACCUGCGCAGCAACAAAUAGGCCAACUGCCUGUAUCGAGAGUCAUUCCCAGUCGUCCCUUCAGUGUUACAGGUGUUGAUUAUGCCGGUCCACUCUAUCUUCGUCCUAUUCACAAACGUGCCGCUCCCGCCAAGGCCUACCUGUGCGUAUUCGUGUGUUUUUCGACCAAAGCAGUUCACUUAGAGCUAGUAAGCGAUUUGUCUACUCAGGCCUUUUUAUGUUCAUUGCGAAGAUUCAUCGCGCGACGCGGUCGACCCGCACACAUUCAUUCCGAUAAUGGGAAAAAUUUUGAAGGGGCUAAAAACGAUCUUACCGAACUGUUUACGAUGCUUAAAGACGGUUUUCAGCAGGACGAAAUCGCAGCCUUUUGCACAGAAAAAGGCAUAACCUGGCAUUUAACACCGCCGAAAGCACCGCACUUUGGUGGCCUUUGGGAAGCAGCCGUUAAAGUUGCCAAAAAACAUUUGUUCCGUCAACUAGGUUCGAGUCGUUUAUCUUUUGAGGAAAUGUGCACCAUUCUUACUCAAAUCGAAGCAAUAAUGAAUUCUCGACCGUUGCUUCCAAUGACAGAAGACCCCAAUGACUUAGCUGCCCUAACACCUGCGCACUUCCUGAUUGGAUCAUCGAUGUAUGCCCUGCCCGACCCAGACCUUCAGAACGCUCCUGUCAAUAGACUCGACCACUACCAGAAACUGCAACUGCAUGUGCAGAAAUUUUGGACCCACUGGCGGAAGGAAUAUCUCCAAGAACUGCAGAAAGAUACACGAGGAUGGAUACGAAACAACGAAAUUGUUCCCGGUAAAAUGGUCAUCAUCGUAGACGAACUACAUCCACCAAUCCGUUGGCCACUUGCUCGAAUCGAAGCGGUAUUACCUGGAAAGGAUAAGCUAACACGAGUUGUUUCGCUUCGCACUGUACGAGGUAUCAUCAAUCGGCCCAUCAGUAAAAUAUGCUUGCUGCCCAGUGCAUCGGUGGCUCCCGAAGUAGAAUCUACUAGCAACAAUCUCCAGCCAGUUCAAAGGAUUUCGGAUACCUCAUUAGAUUAA